AUGUGUGGCCUUUGUGGUGAAUCUGGACACGAACAGUUCUUCUGUGAACAUUUCAAGGCGCUACCCGUGACUGAACGUCUUAAAUGGGUUACGCAGCAUAGUCGGUGCCAGAAUUGCCUUUGUGAGGUACACGAAAAUCACAACUGCUCAUCUGGUACUUGCAAGCGCUGCAAUCUGAGGCCUCAUACUCUUCUCCAUGAAGAACAACGAUACCAGACCCCUCAACACUUCCGUGGAGUGCGCAAUCAUCUAUCCUACAACAACGCAUCUUGUUCUGUUUUCCUGGCAACUGCAAUCGUCAAUGUGAUGGAUGCCUGGGGAAAUCUUCGUCCAGCUACAGCUCUUUUGGAUUCAGGUUCGCAAACAUCUUUCAUCACCUCAUCAUUGUCGAAGAAGUUGGGAUUGCACAAAUGCAAAGUUGACCUACCGCUCACAGGGAUCUCCGGAUUAGCGACCAAGAUCCGCGAAGCAGCAUCGCUGACAAUCCAGUCCCGAAAUUCCGACUUCCGAGAGCAGACGGAAUGCGCCAUACUUGAUAAAAUUUCUGAACCUAUCCCAUGUCGAGCGGUGAACGUCGUUCAGUGGGAAGGUCUAGCGGAUCACGAGCUGGCAGAUAAGUAUUUUAACAUUCCAGGAAACAUCGACCUACUCAUUGAUGCCAGCAUGUAUUAUCACCUGCUUGAAUCGGAAAAAAUAUCGCUGGGUUCAUUUAAACCAAUACUGCAAAAAACGAAGCUGGGCUGGAUAGUAGCUGGAUCUCACGAAUCGGGUGAGCAAACAAGCCAAUCUCAUUCAACUUAG